AUUCGCAGCCAAGAACAAGAGUGAAAUGUAUAAUAAAUCCAUGGAGGAUCGAUCAAUGGAGCUGAUCAGUUGGGUCCCCAGACCCAGAAGCUCAAGUACAUAACUUUUUUUUAGUGAUUCUUCUGAUUGCUUCAUUCUCUCCUCCUCCUCUGCUUUCUCUCUAAGCCGUAGACUUGGAAGGAAGCUUGUUCUUGGCCUGAGAAAUGGACCGGAAAUUACUCUUGGCUUGUUGUUGAACAGAUCUAAUUGCGUAAUUCCAUCGGCAGAAUCCCAUCUGGUCUUUCAGAGCUUCCACCACUCACUCCGACGCCUGUUGCCACCAUCCAAGCUUUCUUUCUUCCUUUAACUUGAACCCAUAUUUGAUUUCUUCUUUCUUUCUCUCUCUAUCUCUUUUCCUGAAUGCUUGAGUUUCUUCUUCUUCCAGUCUGAACUUGAAGAAACCCAGAAGCCAAACUUUUUGGCAAUGAAACGUAUAAUAGAUCAGUAACCAAGAACUGACCUAAAGACAAUAAUGGCGAUUUGGCCGAAGAAAACGGACGACGACUCCUUCCGAUAUAUUCUUAUUCUUCUCUGCAUCUUGUUUUUGGGUUCAACUUGUCUCUGCGAUGCUGCGAUUGCCCAAACCACUUUUUCUUCUUCUUCUUCUUCGGCCACCACGAAGCACACCAAUAACUGGGCCGUCUUGGUCUGCACUUCUCGAUUCUGGUUUAACUACAGACACAUGGCAAACACUCUGUCAUUAUACAGGACAGUUAAGAGGCUUGGCAUACCUGAUGAGAGAAUUAUACUCAUGUUGGCUGAUGAUAUGGCUUGCAAUGCAAGAAACAAGUACCCUGCUCAGGUCUUUAAUAACAAAAACCACAAACUUAACUUGUAUGGAGAUAAUGUUGAGGUAGACUAUAGAGGUUAUGAAGUGACUGUUGAAAACUUUUUGCGAGUACUGACAGGGCGCCAUGAAACUUCUGUUCCAAGGUCCAAACGGCUUCUUAGUGAUGAAGGUAGCCAUAUACUCCUAUACAUGACUGGACAUGGAGGUGACGAAUUCCUAAAAUUUCAGGAUUCAGAGGAACUUCAAAGUCAUGAUUUAGCUGAUGCAGUCAGACAAAUGAAAGAGAAACUCAGGUUCAAGGAGCUGCUGAUAAUGGUAGAUACCUGUCAAGCUGCUACUCUAUUUAAUCAGCUUGUCUCGCCUGGGGUUUUGUCUAUUGGGAGUAGCAUGAAAGGAGAGAACUCUUACUCGCAUCACUUAGACUCUGAUGUUGGAGUCUCGGUUGUGGAUCGGUUCACAUACUAUACUCUGGCUUUCUUUGAAAGAUUAAACAUAUAUGACAAUGCUUCAUUAAAUAGUCUGUUUACCUCGUAUAAUCCACAUUCGUUAAUGUCAACUGCAUAUUACCGAACAGAUCUAUAUCAACAAAGACUAGGGGAGGUGCCCGUGACAAACUUCUUCGGUUCUGUCAUGGAAACAAUUCACACAGAGUCAUCAUACGGUGCCUUCUCAGGCAAAGAAUCGAAAGCUUUUGAAGCCAAAAUUUCACAAGAUCUAUUUGUUAACAACAACUAUGAAGAGAUAUCGGCAUCUAUUGGUUCACAUGAGAAACAUGACAUCUCAAACUUAUGGGACAAUUUUUACGACAAGAUUGCAGAAAUUGGGGUUGUCGAUAAUAAUAUGUUGGUCUAUUAUGGGUUGAUUACAAUGUUGCCACUCCUAGCAGUUUCAACUUGGAUGUCCCCAAUUUGAGUAUUUGAAAUGUAAAGAUGGUUUGAUGCUGCAGUUAAUCAUCUAUUGGUCUUUAGAUGCCAAACAGAAACAACAGAAACGCGCACAAUCACGUUAUUUUCUUAAAGGGUGAAUCGAGCAAUGUAUGGAUUGAAUCGAUCAUGUUCUUAUCUCAUCUGUUUAGAGAUAUUGGACAAAUCUGUAACCCUUUUCCUUUUUUAAUCGAUUUUUACCUUUGUAGAUAAAAAGAUGGUUUUAGGUGUAAGGAUUGGUGUUUACUUUACCACUCCAACUAUGAUAAACAAGUGAAAAAAAAAAGUUUUCCUUAAUUUAAUGUGAAACUAAUAUUUC